AUGAGCAGAUUCAGGAGAUUCGAGAUCGUCGAGCACUCCCCUUCGCACUACCUCAAGCACACUUCCCUUCUCAGGCAUGCAAGAACCCUAGAGCUGAAUCCCUUCUUCCCCUCAUUCCCCAUUGUUGAGGACGAGCUCGACCUCCUGACCCUCGCCCCAGCUCCUCAAGCUUUGUUCGAUGAAUUUGACACCAUCGCCGAUCUGAUCCAGAUCGAUGAAACCCCGUUCCACACAUCCACGCGCCGCCUCACGCGCCGAGUGGGGUUGGGGGAUCUGUACCUGCAGUUGCUCAGCGACCGCGUCUCGGCUCUGGAGCUGGAGCUGGGGCUUGGCCGGCUCGCGAGGGAGGAGAAGAACGUGAAGAAAAAGUACACAUGGACGGCAGAGGUGAAGAGCCCAGAGAAUGACCGGAAGUAUCAGUGGACGGCUGAGGUCAAGGGCGAGAAGGAAGGGCCGGAGAAGAGCUACAAAUUGACGGCUGAGAUCCAAAGGAAGGGCAACUCCCGGAGCUUGCCAAUCGAGCAGAAGUACACUAUUAAGGUGUCCAGCGGCGGAAGCAGCAGUGAUUCGGAGGAGAAAGUGAAGAAGGAGAAGAAGAAGAAUAAGAAGUGUGAGAAGGUCAAGGAGAAGGGUACGAAAGGGUCCAGUUCCCGCAUUGUUGAGAUUGAGGAACCCGCCGAUCAUGGGGGGAUUGUUUUGAGGCAGGUUUUUGCCAAGAGAGUGGAUAAGAGUAGGGGCAAGAGGAAGGAGCUGUCUCCACUGGAAGCUGCAGCUCUGAUUCAGAAGAAAUUCCGGGCUUAUCUCAUCCAGAGGUCUCAGGCCCUGCGUGCACUUCGUGAGCUGGCCAUUGCUAAGACCAAGUUGAAGGAGAUUAGAGUUUUGUUCAACAACUUCUCCUACCGCCGUCGACUGGCCCGUGAUGCUGAGGAACGCCAGAGAUUCUCUGAGAAGAUCAUUGUGUUGCUUUUGACUGUUGAUGCCAUUGAGGAUGCUGAUAUGAUGGUUCGAGCUGCAAAGAAGCCAAUGGUGGAUGAGCUGGAAGCAAUGCUCGACGUGGUGGACCCACAGCCUCGUGGCAAAUCCGUGUCCAUGCGGAGGAGAACUUUCGACAUGCCGGAUAGUGCAAUCAACAAGGAACUUGCUGCUGGUGUUGCCCAGGUGGUUCAGUUGCUGGAUCAAGAGGCAGACUCUUCUGAAACUUUUGAAGCAUGCUUGUGA